AUGUCAGGUUACUAUAGGAGAACACAUCCAUCUUCUGGUUCGUACAGACAUUCACAGGAAAAACCUCAAUAUUCGCGUUCUGGUCAGUAUCAGUACCCAACCGAACAUUCUUACCAGCAAUAUCCUAGUCAAUACAGUCAACGUCGACGCUAUAACCACAGUGACGUUUCAAGGCGACGCUAUAAUGAUGAACAUUCACAUAGUCCAACUAAUGGCAGUUCGCGACAUUCGUAUUAUGCUACUGAGAGCAGCGAAAGUGGCGCAUACGUAAAUAGUAACUCUGAUAUUGAUAACCGGAGGGGGUUGUCCCAAUCACGCUAUUCAAAUAACAAUUCUCAUAUUGCACCAUCUUCUACGAGCGAACGUCUUCGCACAGAUUCUGCUUUGCUUCUGCAACAAAGACCACCUCCAGUUCUAAGGUACAACACAGAUGUUUUGAAAUCUAAAUUUCAUUAUUUCGACCCCACAAAAGGCGAGUUCUUUAAUAAAGACAAAAUGUUUUCUUGGAAGGCUGCAGACAAAGAGUUUUCUGAAACAGGUUAUUAUGUAGUCAAAGAGUUACAAGAUGGGCAAUAUAAAUUUAAAGUAAAACAUAGGCAUCCAGAAAUUAAAGCACUCGACCCUCGUAAUGAAGACGGUAUUCUAACUAAUGGAAAAGUAGCGAGUCACAGAAAAUGCAGGAAAUCUCUAGUCCUACUACCUCGCAUAUCUUAUGAUAGGUACUCUUUAGGGCCUCCUCCUCCAUGUGAAAUAGUUGUUUAUCCAGCACAAGAUUCAACAACAACUAGUAUUCAAGAUAUAUCGAUUAAAAACUAUUUCAAAAAGUAUGGAGAAAUAUCUCAUUUUGAAGCUUUUAAUGACCCUACUAGUGCUUUACCUUUGCAUGUUUAUCUUAUAAAAUAUACUAGUUCUGAUGGAUCAAUUAAUGAGGCCGCCAAAUCAGCUUUUAAUGCUGUUAGGAAGCAUGAAUUAUCAGGUUGCUUUAUCAUGGGCUUUAGAUUUGAGGUGAUUUUGAAUAAGCAUUCUAUUUUGAAUGAUAUCAUCUCUAAGUUUGUUGAAAUAAAUGUUAAAAAUUUACAAAAAUUGCAAGAAAGUAUGAAAAAAGCCAAAGACAAAGAAGCGGAAAAGGGAAAAGUAAAGGAAGCACAAGGUAAAGACAUUAGUUUGCCCAAAGAACCUAAGGUGGAUACCUUAUCGCAUUCUUCAGGACAUGAAAAAAGAAUUCCAUAUGAUCUUUUGGGUGUAGUUAAUAACAGGCCCGUUUUACAUGUCUCCAAGAUAUUUGUUGCCAAACAUAGAUUUCGUAUCGAGGACUUCAAAUUCAAAUUAAGAGGUUACAGAUGUGCGAGAUUUAUUGAUCAUACAACCGGUAUUUAUAUUGUUUUCGACGAUAUUGCGCAUGCACAGACGUGUUCGAAUGCAGAGUCGGGAAAGCUAACGAUAAUGUCUCGAAGUAGAAGGAUUCCAAUUUUAAUAAAAUUUCAUCUGAUUCUGCCUAGGUUCCAAAACAGAACUAGAUUCAACAAAUCCGGUUCAUUACCAAUUUCUGCACAUGCACCUAUAAAAUACGAGUCCCGAGAAGAGUUUAUUGGAGCUACAGCAAAACAAAUACUGAAAGAUUUAGAAAAAGCCUUGCAUGUUGACAUUAAGAAGAGAUUGAUAGGUCCCACAGUAUUUGACACUUUGGACCAUGCAAAUUUUCCUGAAUUAUUGGCUAGAAGAGAAAUAAACGAGAAAAAGAAAAAACAGGAGAUAGCCUCCAAAAUUGCAGAAGAUGAAUUAAAACGUAAAGAGGAAGUUAAAAGGGAUUUUGAUUUGUUUGGCUUGUAUGGUGGCUAUGCAAAGUCCAAUAAAAGAAAUUUGAAGAGGCGCAAUUCGCUUACAAUGGAUCAUAAUUUGAAAAGGAAGAAGUUAUCCAAGGGGAUCAAACCAAUGGCACAUUUCUUGAAUGAGGAAACCGAUUCCAAGGAAAGCACUCCACUUAACGAUAGCGGAAUUUCUCGAGUAUCAAAAGUGGAAGACGAAGAGGAUGAAAAUAUGACAUCUUCUUCUUCCUCUGAAGAAGAAGAAGAAGAAGUUACAGAUAAGAAAUUCAAAAGUGAGUCCGAGCCAACGACCCCUGAAUCGGAUCACCUUCAGGCUGUUAAAUCAUUGGUUUCUGAUCAGAAUGAAUCGGCUGACCUAUUGGAUACUCCUUUGAUGUAUAAACCGACUGCCACUGAAAUUCCUGAGCCUGUCUAUCCACCUGAGGAAUACGAUUUGAAGUACAGUCAAGCUUUAUCACCCUUGGACUUGCAAAAUGCUAUUAAAGAUGAAGAAGAUAUACACAUAUUAAAGCAGUUGCUGAGCUCAUAUACUCCUACCGUUAUCUCAAACACUGGUGCAAUUUUGGAAUAUAAAACUUGGAAAUCUCGCCGACAAGCACUUGAGGAACAAAAGGCUUCCGAUUGGCAAAUUGAACAUAACGGGACUUCAUUUGACAGUGAACUACAGCCAACUUGUUCUUUUAAGGCUGAAGGAUUUAGAAAAAUUGCGGAUAAAUUGAAGGUUAAUUACUUGCCUCAUCGUCGCAGGAUUCACCAGCCAUUAAAUACUGUUAACAUUCACAAUGAAAAGAAUGAAUACACACCAGACCUUUCUCAGAGAGAAGAAUCUUCCAACAAAGAACCUUCAGAUUCAAUUCCUCAGGAAGUUUCAUCCUCAAGAGACAAUAGGGCAUCGAAUAGGAGAUUUCAGCAAGAUAUAGAGGCCCAGAAGGCUGCAAUUGGUACAGAAUCUGAGCUGCUAUCGCUAAACCAAUUAAAUAAAAGAAAAAAGCCAGUCAUGUUUGCUCGUUCCGCCAUUCAUAAUUGGGGUUUAUAUGCAUUAGACUCUAUUGCAGCAAAAGAAAUGAUUAUUGAGUACGUCGGUGAAAGAAUCAGACAACCGGUUGCAGAAAUGAGAGAAAGGAGGUAUCUGAAGAAUGGAAUUGGUUCAAGUUAUCUUUUUAGGGUUGACGAGAACACAGUUAUUGAUGCCACCAAGAAAGGUGGUAUUGCCAGGUUUAUUAACCAUUGUUGUGAUCCAAACUGUACGGCGAAGAUUAUAAAGGUUGGUGGAAGAAGGAGAAUUGUUAUUUAUGCACUACGUGAUAUAGGUGCGAGUGAGGAAUUGACAUAUGAUUAUAAAUUUGAAAGAGAGAAAGAUGAUGAGGAAAGGCUUCCUUGUUUAUGUGGCGCUCCUAACUGUAAAGGUUUCUUAAACUGA